GGAACCCUAUUGCAUUGGCAAAAAUUUCUUUCCUGUUAAGGAGGGGGACGUAAAAAUAAUGGCGGAAACAUGUGGCCAAGUGCUAUUAGGGUCGGGACUGACUGUCCUUUCCCACCCUCUUAUGUAUAUUAAGGUCUUAGUACAGGUGGGACAUGAACCUCUUCCGCCUACUCUUGGCAGAAACUUGUUUGGCAGACAGGUGUAUCAGCUUCCUGGCCUCUUUGCCUAUGCCAAACACAUAAUAAAGAUCGAUGGGAAGGCAGGCCUGUUUAGAGGUCUUACCCCCAGACUGUGUGCAGGGACCAUCGGCACUAUUGUCCACAGUAAAGUGCUGCAGAAAUGCCAGGAGAACAAACUGGAGGUCAUGAACCCUGGCCAGAAAACAGAGGAGGGAUCUUUUCAGCAUGUAGUCAACGAGACAACAAAGGAGAUGAUAGCACGCUCCUGUGCCACAAUCGUCACACAUCCAUUCCAUGUGAUCACCCUUAGAUGCAUAGUCCAGUUUAUUGGAAGAGAAACCAAGUAUAGUGGUGUCUUUGACUCCAUUAUCACUAUCUACAGAGAAGAGGGAAUCCUCGGGUUUUUUGCUGGCCUCAUCCCACGUCUUCUUGGCGAUAUCUUCUCUCUGUGGAUCUGCAACAUGCUUGCUCACGUUAUCAACUCGUAUGCAAUAGACGACUCAAUGAGUCAUACGAGUGAAAUGAAGAACUGCUCUCAGGCUGCCACUGGGUUUUUUGCCAGUAUGCUGACAUACCCUUUUGUGUUGGUCUCUAAUCUGAUGACGGUCAAUAACUGUGGGUUGGCUGGUGGUUUACCUCCUUAUGCAGAAACUUAUAAAACCUGGGUUGACUGUUGGAGACACCUGAACCGAGAGGGAAAUUUGAGCAGAGGCAACAGUUUAUUCUUCAGGAAGGUGCCGGUGGGGAAGAUGUACGCCAUUGACCAGAAGCGAUUUUUCUGAACAGGAUAUGCGAACAGCAUAAUCUAAAUAUGAGAUGUAUCGGGUGGGGAAGCUCUAAAUCUUUUGUAUGCACCUAUGAUGAUUGGGUUUUUUUUGGGGGGGAUACUCUUUCCAUUUUUUCCAUUAAUGUCACAAACAGUUGCUUUGAUUUGGAAAUGUUAUUUUAAUAUUUGUAUCAGAAAUACCUCUUUUACUAGAGGUUUAAUAUCAGAAACGCUUAGGAAAUCCUGUUAUUUAAAUUAAUAUAAAUGAUGUUGCCUCUCAUCCCGAAAAAAAACCAGUUCUAAUCAAGCCAUUUGCUUAAUAGGUCUCAUAGGAAUGUUCUUGCCUCCCAGCACAUAUCUGCAUUGACUGACUAAAAGUUCUUCUUACGCUGAAUCUGUACAUGUAGCCAUUAAAAUAAUGAGUUGUGUUAAAUGGUAGCUCUUGGGUUUUCUGUGCUGCAUGUAUGUAUGUAAGUGGCCUGUAACGUUCAGAUUUGCCUGGUUCUUCAAACCUGACCAGGUUUGUGUUCUGGAGAGCGAGCAUGCUAAGCUGCUGCUCUAGAGUACAUACAGCCCACUGUUAUCAAUCGUACUGUGAGAGAGAGAUAUGUGAUCGAUUUCUUUCUUUAAUUCCCCAUGUUUGACAAAUUUGGGCUGUAUUUUUAUUAACAUUCUGACUGAUCCCAAUAAAUCCAAGUUAGCCUUUU